GGUGCUAGAGCAGCAGCGGGGGCGGGUCCAACUAGUGAGUAAGCGUGCGAGCAUUUGAAUUCUAGCAAGAAGAAAUUUUUCGCUCCGAUAUUAACCAACUUGUUCUCACAGCAGAGACCCGGAGCCGCACCGCACCGCACGGCGCCGCACCGCAGCGCAGCACAAUACACCCCGGAGUCACGCACGAGUCUGUUAAAGUGUGAUAUUAACUUUAGCAUCGACGUUUAAAUAGCUCCUCGUUUGUUCCAGCUAACGUUCCAGGCGUCGCUGCUCGAGGAGACUCCACUGCACUUGAAAUGAAAGCGGGCGUCCACUGCCGUUGUUCAAAAUGCUACUCGGUUCCGGCACGGAAGCGGGUCCGUAAGCGAACUCCAGCCCUGACUUUGCUGUCUCUGCCUGAGGAGGUCCUCCUCUGUGUGCUCCAGUGCCUCUCUGCCGAGGACCUGCUGUCUGUCAGAGCGGUUCACUCCCAACUGCGGGAUAUUGUUGACAACCACUCCAGUGUCUGGGCCAGGGUCAGUUUCAGGGACACAUGGCCCUCCCCUAAUACCUUGUGGCUAUUUGAAAGAGCUGCUGAAAAAGGGAAUUUUGAAGCUGCUGUGAAACUAGGCAUUGCGUAUUUGUACAAUGAAGGACCAUUGCUGAGUGAUGAGGGCCGAGCAGAUGUGUGUGGUCGUAAGGCGUCCCACUUCUUCAGCCUGGCAGAGAGCCUGUGCCCUCCCACAGCUGAUCCCUUCAUCUGGUUGUUCAUCCGUCCUCCAUGGUCGCCCACCGGCAGCUGCUGCAAGGCCGUGGUGUUUGACCGUCUCAAGGCUGAGUGUGACACCAACAUAGAGAAGAGGGGCCCCUUAUUGCACUGUUUGGCGAGAGUUUUGCAGCUGUUUGAAGGGGAUGAAAAACACUCAGAUGCCAUAUCUAUGCUGGAGGAGUCUUCGCAGGCUGGCUGUCUUCAGAGCUCCUACCUGUUGUGGGAACACAACCGUAAAUCAGCUAUGGCAGAUCCAGGCCGGUACCUCCAGUGUGUCCGAACCCUCAGGGACUAUGCUGGCAAAGGAUGCUGGGAGGCACAGUUUUCCUUGGCCAAAGUGUGCAGCAGUGGGAACCCGCUGGGUUUGGAGGCGAAGGCCUGCUCUGACUUGGUGGCCCAGCUCUUUAAUUCGUCUAAUCUGGCAUCACAGCGCUGCUCUCAGGGCAUCCUCCGACGAGGCAUCAAGGACACCAUGAGGUACAUCCUGGUGGACUGGCUCGUGGAGGUGACCACCAUGAAGGAUUUCUCCAGCCUGACACUUCAUGUCACAGUGGGAUGUGUGGACCGCUACUUGGCUCUCCGCUCUGUCCCGAAGGCUCGCCUUCAGUUAUUAGGCAUCGCCUGCAUGGUAGUUUGUACACGCUACAUGAGUAAAGAAAUCCUGACCAUACGUGAGGCUGUUUGGCUCACUGACAACACCUACAAAUAUGAGGACCUGGUUCGAAUGAUGGGAGAGGUCAUCUCUGUGCUGGAGGGAAAGAUCAGAAGCCCCACACUGCUGGACUAUGGGGAGGUGCUCCUGUCUCUGCUCCCCCUGGAGAGGAGAACCACUCACCUCUUCAGCUACAUCUGUGAGCUGUCUCUGCUCUACUCUGCUCUCGCCACACCACAACCCGCCAAACUGGCCUGUGCUGCACUCCUUCUUACACGAGCACUACAUCACUACGCUCCAGUCUGGCCUGGCCAGUUGGCUGACUACACAGGCUUCACCAAGCAUGACCUUGUCUCUCUUGCUGUGCUGCUCUAUGUCAAGUGUUUCAGUCCAGAUGUCCCCAAAGAUUACAGACACGUGUCUCUGACUGGAGUCAAGCAACGAUUUGAAGAUGAAGUCUACCAGCACAUCAGCAAAGAAAAGAUGAUGGAUUAUAAAGAACUGUGUCAGAUCCUGGAGAUCCCUGAGGUGGAGCCUCAGAUGGAGCCUCCCAGCCCGACUGGUCAACCAGCAGAUAUCCACACCUUCCUUGCCUCUCCGUCCAGCACCAGCAAGAGGAGACGCGAUGACGGCAUGCAGACCCACAGAGCCAGCUUUGUGGCCACGCCCACGGCUGAGCUAUCCAGUCAGGAGGAGACACUGGUCGGCGACAUUCUGGACUGGAGCUUGGACACUUCCUGUUCGGGUUAUGAGGGGGACCAGGAGGAAGAAGGCGAGGGGGAGAAAGAUGGUGAUUGUUCAAUGAUAUCCAUCAAACUGCUCCCUCUGACUGACACAGAAGAAAACCUUGAGCACUGCAGAGCCCUUUCCAGUGAUGAAGACAGUUUCUGUGAAGUGGAAAAGGAGGUGAAAACAGAUUCCCAAGGCCAGGAACCCCUCACCUCCUCUAUAGACCUUCACAGUUCAGGAUACUCCUCUGUCCAGAGUGUUAGCCCCUCAUCCACCUGCUCCUCCUCCUCCCUCGUGCCUUGCACAUUUAAGACCUAUAUGUCUUCUCUGGGUGCAGCCUCUGCCAACGCCCAACCAGGCUUCCAUCUUUUGGUGCCCAUGCAGAGGCCCCGGGGCACGUCCAGCAAACAAGUGAAGAGGAAGAACUCUGCGGCUCAUAGUGGAGGCGAGAUAGAAAGGGAAGAGGAUGACAACAGGGAAGAGGACAGGUAUUCUAACAGUGUGGGGUUUCUGAGCCUAUAACCGGUGGUUAUUUUAUCCUCCAGCACUUUCCUUUAGUUCUCGACGUGGAUCCUCAGUCUGUCAGCUUUGCGAAGACCUAGACAUUUUGAGUUCAAGACAAGUAAGGGAAAAUAAUUAUAUGAAUAUGAAUUACCUAGAAACUUGCUGUUCUUUUACAAUACAUUUCAUUUCCUUGUUUACAGUCAUUCAAAUACCUCCCAUGAACCUAGACUCACAGUCAGCUCUUAAACCACUGGAACAUAUCUUCAUUUUCCUCAGGACUCUGGUACAUUGGUUGCCAUUUUUGUUUUACAGCCUUCUGCAACAAACCUCAAAACAUGUCACAUCACAGACUUGUUUGGGGAAAGUUUUCAUUGUUGAAAUCAUGUUUUGGAAAGCCUAGCUGUCAUGUCAUUGUGACGGUUUUGGUUAUCAUAGUCUCUGGUAUGCACUGUUAGGAAAAUGGUGUGUCGUAUUUGGUGAAAGCCAUCAAUAAGCGACAACUCUGUCAUCGUCUUUGUUGAUGAAAAUGUCUGUAUCUGAAAAUGUUACUGUAUUAAUACUUGUUCAGUUUUGUACUAAGUUCUACAUGUGUUUGCCAAAGGUACUGUGGUGGUGUCAUUUGUGUUUUCACGGGCAUCUACUUAAAAAGAAACAGCUGUGAAAUUAGUCUUUUAGUCGUCUGCAUCUUCUGUAGUCUUGUACAAAUACACCUGAUAUGCUGUUAUUAAUAUUUUGAAACAAUAUUACCGUAACGGCAUAGCAACGUCGU